UCGUCUCCUCCCCUACUCUCAACGUCUCAAGCCUUCCCUCUUAAAGCGUGUUUCCAAUUUGUUCCGCCCAUUGAUUCUGUUCAAAACCCACCUCCCAAGUUCAAACACCACGGCCGCAAGCAAAAGCCUUUUGGACUUACUUUCGCAAGUCCGUGCGUAUAUAAAGGGAGAGAUGUACUGUGGGUGCUCGGAUUAUACUCGCGUUAUCUGCUGCUUUUCAUCUUCUUCGGUCAAUAUCAUUGGUGAGGCAUGGCUUGUGCUGCCGGUUUGAUGGGCAAGGCCGGGUCAACUUGGGUUCAACUCAAGAACAAUGACGGGACGGUGAUGAAGAAGAGGGAGGCAUGUAGAUAUGGAGUUAGAGUCUCUUGCUCCUAUUCUUCUUCCGUUGUGGAUCCAUACAAGACUCUCAGAGUCCAUCGCGGUGCUUCUAAAGCUGAGGUCAAGAAGGCCUUCAGACGGCUCGCUUUGCAGUAUCAUCCUGACGUAUGCAGAGGAAGCAAUUGCAUUGUGCAGUUUCAUGAAAUCAACGAAGCAUAUGAUCUUGUGAUGAGCAAUUUGAGAGGAGAAUCCAAUGGUCUGCAGAUGUAUGAGUCGGAAGAACAAGGGAUCGACGAGCCGAUGAGAGGGAUGGAUGAUCCAGAUUGGGAUUUGUGGGAAGAAUGGAUGGGAUGGGAAGGAGCGGGAAUUCGCGACUACUCAUCACAUAUCAACCCUUACAUUUGAUCAUCGCAACCCCGGGGGUUGUGUUUGUGCAUAUUAUAUACGAUGGAAUUGGGGCCUAAGUCAUUCCUUUUUCUGUGCAUAUGUACCAUUACAAAACAAAGAUUAUGGCUUUGGCCAUUAUAUAGUUGAAAGAGUGACCUCAAGAUGUUCAUAAGAGAACAUGAUAUGAGAGCUAAGUUCAAAAUUUCUUAUUCA